AAGGUCAAAUCAGAGCCUCUCAUGGCCUAUGAGACUGAGAAUCAUGAGAUUCAAUACUGCUUUCCUGCCAUCAACUCAUCAUGUAUCAAGGGAAAACGAUCCAGACCUGAAAACAAUAUUAUGUAUUUGUUUUUUUCAUUGCUAUCAGCAUGGACUGUGUUUCUGAACCUGCUGGUGAUCAUCUCCAUCUCUCACUUCAAGAAGCUUCACACUCCAACCAACAUGCUCAUUCUCUCUCUGGCUGUGACUGACAUGCUUAUUGGACUAAUUGUAAUGCCUGUGCAGGCCAUAAAGCUGAUUGAGACAUGUUGGUACUUUGGAGACACUUACUGUGGAUUAUUCACAAUGAUCGUUGGAUUGCUGCUUUCUGUAUCUCUUAGUACUUUAGUUUUAAUUGCUGUUGAUCGUUAUGUGGCUGUGUGUCACCCUUUACUGUACCCACAGAGAAUAACUGUGACUAAAGCUUUAUUAAGUAUCUGUGUCUGCUGGUUUUUCUGUUUAAUUUACAAUAUUGCUUUUGUAACUAGCAACAGAUAUUUUGACCCUUCACAAAGUAGAGACAUGUGCUAUGGAGGGUGCUAUUUUAGAAUGAGUUAUUCAUGGGCACUCACUGAUAUGUUAAUAUGUUUCAUUUUUCCUUGCACCCUAAUCAUAACUUUAUAUUUGAGGAUAUUUUAUGUUGCUCAUCAGCAAGUGAAAGUUAUAAACUCUCUGAUUAAGGGUGGUAAAUGUGUAUUGGAAGGUUCAGUGAGGAGGAAAUCAGAGAGUAAAGCUGCUCUGACAUUAGGAAUCAUUGUGACAGUUUAUUUGCUUUGCUUUAUUCCAUACUAUAUCUUGUCUUUAACAAGCACUACAAUGAUCUCUUCUGCUGUAAUACAGUUUCUAGUAUGGACUGUGUAUAUUAACUCUAGCCUGAAUCCUGUCAUCUAUGCUUUAUUUUACAGCUGGUUUAAAAUGUCUGUUAAAUAUAUUUUAACUCUUAAAAUAUUUCAAACAGCUUCCUCUCUCAUUGACGUUUUUACAGUUUAUAAUCAGAGGAUGUAA